AUGACGACGACGAGAACGGCGAGUGCAAUGCGUUUUAUGUUCAUCCACGCCCGCCCCAACGUGUUUGAGCCGCCUGGGCUGAAUCUCCGUUGGCACGGGUGGGGAUUGCGCGGCAUGGCGAGCAACGUCGGCCAGCUCUUUCCUGGGCCUCUGCUUCACUCCCCCGGAGUCUUGACGGAAAGUCAGUACGAUGACCUCAAGGAGUUCAUGCGGGAUCGCGAAGGACCUCUUAAAUCUGCGGUAGACAACCUCGAGUCCAUCAUCCCAAAGGUCGUUCACAUGCACAAAAAAAACGGAAAGCUCGUAAUCGGGGACGAGUUUUGGCACGCGCUGAGGGAUCUGGUCCAAAAAGACGAUUCCAUUUUCACACUCGACAAAAAGGGCGACAUCUCCGGCCGGCAGUGGAAAUCCAUCGAAGGCCGACUGAAGAGUUCUGGCCUUCUUUCGGGCUCUGGCUCGACCAAAUUGUCACCCGAGGAUAUCGAAAAAAUUGUGGAAAGACACCCGCCACAGUCUUGGGACAAUUGGGUGAAGGCCAACAAGCACAAAGUAGCCGGCCUCCUAGACCAGAAUUUGGAAGAGCGCCUAGAGAAAACCGAGAAGGCCAUCUCCAAAAUAGUUUCUACUAAUGACAUUAAGGAUGUCGUGGUGACCAAGAAAGAGUUUCUCAAAGAGCUAGAAAAGAAUAUGGUCCAACACAAGAACGAGAUCAAUAGCCAGGUGGAUGAUCUCAGGUCGUCAAUAAAGAAUCUGGCCAGCGAGGCCCGCAAGUCUGCCUCUUCAGAGGGGCUCACAGAGGAAGAGCUCAAGCCCAUCAUCGAAUCGGUCGUAAAAAAGGCGAUUGGCAGUGCCCGGCUCAAGGCUGCUGCGCAAAGCAACAUUGCCGAUUUCGACGCUGAGCUGCAGCGCCGUGUAAACCAUUUCAGCACAGGAAACGGCGCGAUGAUAGAUCUGUCGCUGACAUCCCCGACUUGGCAGCUACCCAGGCCCCUCAUCCCCACUCGGAAGUGGUUCAGGGCGAUGCGCGCGCAGCCGCAGUUCCAGCCCGAGAAGUUCGCAGCGCUAACGAGCUGGGAAGAGGCUGGGCAGUGUUGGUGCGCGGGCAUCGUCGGCAAGAACAACACGCGCAUCCCCGCCGACGUCGGCAUCAAGCUCUCGCGCUACGUGAUCCCGCAGAACAUAGUCGUCGAGCACAUCGACCCGGCGGCGACGGUCGACGCUGCCGCCACGCCCAGGGACAUGGAGGUGUGGGCGCUGUUCGACGAGCACGCGCGCGCCGAGCGCCUCAAGGACUGGAUGGCCGUCAAUUUCCCCGCGCGCACGGCCGACCCGCUGUGCCGUUUAGGGUUCGUGCUCAUCGCCACCUUCACCUACGACCACCAUCCGGCCGACCGCGGCGUCCAGAUCCACCGCCUCUCCCCGGAACUCGCCGCCAUCAAGGCCGCCACCGACCACAUGCUCGUCCGCGCCGUCACGAACUACGGCGCCGACCACACGUGCUUCUACCGCCUGCGCAUGUACGGCGAGGAGCAGCCUGACCUGGACCAGGAGAAGAGGAGCAAGGAAUGGUGA